CUGCUGAGGUCACACUGCGGCAUUUCCUCAAAAAAGCAUCAUCAUUGCCUAGCAAAGACGACAAGGGAAAAGCGAAAGAGUUUAAAUUUUGAAAAUACCUCUGCUGUUAAGUAAAUUUUAAAGAUGUCUUCACGUUACGAUCGAGCUGUAACCAUUUUCUCUCCGGACGGUCACCUCCUGCAAGUCGAAUAUGCCCAGGAGGCCGUCCGCAAGGGAUCCACAGCGGUCGGAGUUCGCGGGGCCAACUGCGUGGUUCUUGGCGUAGAGAAGAAAUCAGUGGCUAAGUUGCAGGAAGAUCGCACUGUGCGCAAAAUCUGUAUGCUCGACCACCACGUUGUGAUGGCCUUUGCCGGCCUCACGGCCGAUGCUCGAAUCCUGAUAAAUCGCGCCCAAGUUGAGUGCCAGAGCCACCGCCUGAAUGUUGAGGACCCGGUGACCCUCGAGUACAUAACAAGGUACAUUGCCCAGCUGAAGCAAAAGUACACGCAGAGUAAUGGCCGCCGUCCUUUCGGGAUAUCCUGCCUAAUCGGCGGCUUCGAUGCCGAUGGCUCUGCACACUUGUUCCAGACUGAACCGUCCGGAAUUUUCUACGAGUACAAGGCAAACGCUACGGGACGUUCGGCAAAGGUUGUGCGCGAGUUCUUCGAGAAGGCGUAUCGCGAGGAGGAUGUGGCCUCCGAGAGUGGAGCUGUCAAACUUGCGAUCCGGGCACUUCUUGAAGUGGCCCAGUCGGGCCAGAACAAUUUAGAGGUGGCCAUCAUGGAGAACGGCAAGCCACUGAAAAUGCUGGACAGCAAAGUCAUCGCCGAGUACGUUAAGAUCAUCGAGAAGGAAAAAGAAGAGGAACUCGAGAAGAAGAAACAGAAAAAGUAACAUCCAGCUGGCACAUUUCUUCGAUGGAAGGCCUUCAAUUUGAAAUGUUUUUCAAAUAUAUCCUGCGGCACUAUGGCCCCAUUAUGUCUGCUCAUUAUUGCAGACCUGAUUUGAAUUGGAAAACGCUUCAAACUCAAGCUUCGGUAUUCCGAAUGCAUUCUUUUUUUAAUUUACAGUUUUCUAUUCAUCGGAACCUUUGUAUAAUGGUAUGAAACUAUUUGAUUUGUAUAAAAUACAUGCGUCAUCAUACAUUAAACGGAACUAUGUUAAA